AUGUCUGCUUCACCUUCGCAGCGCGACUCAGCGCGAGAACACGCACAGCGCCCUUCUACACCUGACCACAAAAGAACCUCAAUCGCUCGGACUGGUUCCGUUUCUGUCGCUCCCAGGUCCGAAUACCUGCGCAAUGCACUCCAAGCUCGACGAGCCCAGGGUACAUCCACGCCAACUGCUUUGGAUAUGCGCGUCCCGCCCUCUACCACGCCGAAACCUCCAGAGCCCAAGCCUGUAUCAGUCUCGCCUGACGGCUUUGAUGAGUUUGAGCUCACCGACGAGCACACAAGACCCGUCUCUCCGAUACGUCGACGAAGACCUAGCGAUGUGGGUGUACCGCGAUCGAAGACCAGCCGCCAGUUGACCGAAGAGAUCGAGAAGCUCAAGGACAACCUCAUGACGUCCAACAUGCGAGUCGAACUAUUGAAGAAGAAUAACUCGGAGCUACAACAUAUCUCGACCCAGCUGACGGAGAGAGUCGAAGAGCUAGAACCUCUCGAGGAGGAGAACCAUGAGCUGCAGCAUGAGAACAACAACUUGAUGCUUAAGACGCAACAUUUGGAAGAAGAGAUGGAGCGACUCAAGGAUGACAACGACGAGCUUCGGAAAUCCAACGAGGAGAUGCUUGAAAUUUACGUGGACUGUUCUUCGCACUUCGAGACCCAAGAAAUUGCCUUGCAAGAGGCAGUCGAUACCAUCUUUGCACUCGAGGAAGAAAAGGCUGUGCUCGCUGGCGAGGUUCACAAAUUGAAGGAACGAGUGACUCUCCUUGAAGACGGCUCAACACGAGUCAGCACGUUAUAUGACGGCAGCCCGCGUGCUCCAUCCAUAGUGUAUAGCAUCGACGAGUCGCGACCAUCCACAAGCCAUUUCGACUCAGACUACUACAGCCAACCGGAUUCGCCUCAAGUGAAGAACAGCAAAGAGUCGAUCGUCUUAGUUCAACCAGGAACAUCUGCGCGCUCGAAGAAGUUCCUGGAGCAAACUAAAGAGCGCAGACGAUCGGCGAAGGAUAUAGUCAAUCGCAUGUCCACCGCAUCCAUGUCGGCUCUAAGAAUGGCAAGCCUCAAACACGCUGAGGACAUUCCGGAGGUACCCGAGCUCCAAGUAGAGACUCCCACAAUCGUUGAACAUGUUGUGUCUGAUAGGCACAACGCCGACCUUCUACCGAAGCCUCGCCGCGCGUUCCCUCGCGCAGGAGCAGCAAACAGGCCCACACGAACAGCUCGAACGAGCAGCUCUUUCAACGCGAUCAACAACCUCCCCGCCACCGUCGAUCCGAGUCGGAUGUUGCUUGCUGCAGAGACACCUCGGGCUACCUCAGAAGAGUGGGCAUCCAUACCCCCUCCUUCUGAGCAUGCCCGCAGCUCCACCAUCUCCUCAAGCAGUCUAACAUCUGAUGCAGAUUUGCAAGACAAAGACCACUGGUGGCGCAGCAUCCAGCCUCUCACACAGCAACAACAGCAGACACAUCACCAACCAACGCACUACCAGGCUCCUCCACAUCUUCCCCUCCACCGCUCCCGACCCUCCGAGAGCGGUCUCCAGUCGCAGGCUCAGCACUCUCCCACGCUGACCCGCUCGCGCACCGUUCAUCCGGACUCACUUGGCCAGUCCGCAAGAAUCGAUACCGCUGGUCCUUCAAGCGCGGCGCUGAACGCGCUGAGUCGCAGGACUCGCACGCAACCUAGCACACCAGCCGCAUCGUCGACGUACAUGGAGAAGGACUUCAUGUUCAACGGCCACGAGGAUGUGGAGACAUUCAUGCGAAAGGCCAAGGCGAAGCUGAGCGGACGCAAGUAG